CGCAUGGUCAUAGCAGGGCAUCUACUUCAUCAACAAGCAGAUACGCGGAUGAAGAUAGCACUCCAACAUCUUCAACAGUUGCAGACCAGGAUCUAGACACACUGGCUGACACGCAUGAAGCGUUUCUUGCUACGCUGAAUGACACGGAGUUAGACGCUUACUUAGACGCGCAUGCGCCGCGGCAACAACCAGUGGACCCGGCAGCGCAAGACGCGUGGUUCAGCGAUGCCUUAGACGCUUUUGCCCCGUAUGAAUCCGUCUCAGAAAAAGGCGUAAUGAAACCUAGGAGUAAGGAGCCAGAGCCGCGUUUUAUUACUGAGGGGAUCAAUAUGACGGAGAUGCGGACCAUGGAGACCGAUUACGCCUCCCAGAGUGCGGGUGCUAAGAUCUUGGCGUCUUCAGAUGGGACCCAAGGAGCGGGUCACAUCCUCAAGUCCGAUCCUUCCGCGUACAUGCUCUCACCGUGCAGUGUACGGGGUGCUUGGUUUGUUCUAGGUCUGCCAGAGUACAUCUCUCUGGAGAAAGUUGGCUUUGUGAGCCUCGAGUUUUUCGCGAGUCAGUUCCGACAUAUCCAGAUUCUAGGCAGCAGCAGCUAUCCCGCAGAGCGGUGGCGGGUGUUGGCGGAGGUGGAGCUAAGCUUGUCCGAAACUCAGCAGGUCUUUGACGUGAACAAGCGGUGCAGUCGACAAGAAAACGGCUGUUGGGUUAGGUUCCUCAAGGUGCGCGCGCUGUCCCACUACGAUUUGGACGGUUCCGUCUACUGCGCUCUGACGAAAAUCCAGGUAUUUGGGUCUACAGUGCUGAAAGAAUUAGAUAAGCAACUGGAGAAAGAGGACGUAGAAUUAGCGAGCCAGAACUUGCCAGUACCCAGUGUGGGCGACUUGUUGGGUGACUACCACGAACGCGACAACUUUUUUUCAACGGAGCCAGACUUGUUUCUGCGACGUGUCGGGAUAGACGUGCCUGCGUACUUACGCUACGAUCGUGGUGGAAGUGCGACAACGACGACAACUGCGACACAACAGCCAGGUGUAGGUGCUGUAGGCAGUGACCAGCAACAAAGAAAAGAAUCGGGAAAGAAUGCUGCUGGCGACGCGUCAGGCGUGGGAGGAAUGUCAACAGCAGGUAGGAAUGUCGUAGCUGGUACAACAAGUGCUGGUGCGGCAGGAGCGACCGUGUCCUCAUCCUCGU